UGUUUUCUUUUUCGUUCGUGUUCUAUUUACAAUAUUAUUAUUAUUAUUGUAUCGCAUCCCUUAGCGGUUUUUACUUUUAAUAUAAUAUAUAUUUUUUUUCAUAUUUGUCUCGCCUCUUCGCCGUCCCUUCAAACCCUCCAAAGUCCUAACGGUAAAUUCUCCGCCAUUAGUGUUGCCAUUCACGGUUUUUCACUCGAUCGGUGCGCGCACUGAGCACCAGAUCGAAUUUUAUUAUCGUAACACACCAACACGUUACACAAGUCGUCGUCGUCGUCGUCGCUGUACGACGGUUUCGAUCGUUUUUUAGUGGUCAUCUCGAUUUUGGUGAUGACCAGUGCAACGAUGUGACCAAUGUGAUAACCCGUCGUUUUUGCCGAUCCGUGUUUAUCCGCAUCACCUCGUCCGACGCUCACAGACAACCAGACGAGCAUACACUCGGAAAUGCAAUACUGCUGUUUGCGCGGGACCGGUCACAUUCUGUAAAAAAAAGUAAUCAACUAUCACAAAUAUGCAGGAGGAUAUGACAUAUCCGGCUGGAUGCCGUCCAGUUACAGAUGAUCUGGGUCCAGAUGAACUUAUUCGCCGAUUAAAAACUUUAGCUCAUACACUUCAAGCAAUGGGUCAAGAUGAAGGGAUGUAUCAACAAUAUAUACCAUUAACUUUACAUUUGGCCGAAGAUUAUUUUCUUAAACAUGCUAGUAAAGAUGUUCAGCUUUUAAUAGCAUGUUGCAUCGCUGAUGUACUCAGAGUUUAUGCUCCUGAAGCUCCAUACAAAGAUCCAGAGCAAGUCAAAGGUAUAUUUAUGUUCCUAAUUAAGCAACUUGCCGGUCUAAAAGAUCCAAAGGAUCCAGCCUUUAAACGUUAUUUUUAUCUUUUGGAAAAUCUUGCUUAUGUUAAGUCUUUUAAUAUGUGCUUUGAGCUUGAAGAUUGUCAAGAAAUAUUUUGCAAAUUAUUUUCACUCAUGUUUAAAAUUGUCAAUGAUGAACAUUCAACUAAAGUGAAAUCUUUUAUGCUCGACAUUUUAUGUCCAUUAAUAUGUGAAUCUGAUAUGGUAGCCAGUGAGCUUCUUGAUAUUAUUUUAAUAAAUAUUGUUGAACCUAAUAAAUCACAAAGAAAAAAUGCAUAUUCAUUGGCUAAAGAACUUAUUCUUAAAUGCUCAAACACUUUAGAGCCUUAUAUCCAAUCGUUUUUUAAUCAUGUUUUGAUAUUGGGAAAGAAUGAAAAAAAUCUAGCUAUAAGUACCAAAACUUAUGAUCUCAUUUAUGAAUUGAACAGAAUCAGCCCAUCUGUAUUGUUGGCAGUGCUCCCACAACUUGAAUGCAAACUAAAGUCAACUGUUGAACAAGAACGUCAUGGUACUGUGUCUCUUUUAGCUCGCAUGUUUUCAGAAAGAGAUUCAAAUCUUGCUAGCCAUCAUAAUAUUUUAUGGCAAGCAUUUCUUAGCCGAUUUAAUGAUAUAUCUGUUAGCAUCCGCAUUAAGUGUGUUCAGUAUGCUAUGCAUUUACUUUUAAAUCAACCUGAACUUCGCCAAGAUCUGACAGAAGCAUUACGCUUAAGAAGUUCUGAUAGUGACAUGAAUGUACGUCAUGAAACAGUUAUGGCUAUUGUAUCAACAGCUAAACAUGACUUUGAACCAAUUGCAGAUAAUGAAGAAUUACUUUUAGUUGUUAAGCAAAGAAUGUGUGAUAAAAAGUUUAAAAUAAGAAAAGAAGCUACAUCUGGGCUAGCAUUUAUAUACAAAACAUAUUUAAAUGAUCCAGACAUUCCUCAAGGCACUAAAAAAGCAUUUACUUGGAUCAAAGAUAAAAUUUUACAUGGGUAUUAUAGAACUUGUGUUGAAGAUAAAUCAUUGGUUGAACGACUAGUGAAUACAUCUUUAGUACCGUAUCAACUACCACCUGAAGAGAGAAUGAAGAGACUUUAUCAUUUGUAUGGUACAAUUGAUGAUUAUGCUAAAAAAGCUUUUAUGGAGAUUCAAAAAACUCAACUUUUAAUCCGUUCACAUUUAAAAGAAUUUCUUGAUAAUCACAAGAAAGAAGACAGUCCUCAAAAAGAUAAAGAAAUUCAGGCAAGUAUAAAAUUAUUGACUCGGUAUUUACCUGAAUCAGUUAAAGCAGCUGAGUUUAUUGGAAAAUUUUCACAACACCUAAUUAAAGAUUCUACUCUAUUAAGUUGUAUGGAUACAAUUGCCAAACAAAAUUCUAGCACUGCGGAAAUAUCCGAAGCUACUAAUUUAGUUUUACGGAAGCUUGGUCAACCAGUAAUGACAAAUCUAUAUUACAACACUGUAAAAGCACUUUUGGAAAGAGCAUCAUCGGUGAUGAUAGACUCCCAAGCAUUAAAGGAAUUGUUUAAUCAUGUGGAAAAUUGUUUAAGUGGUGGAAAUAUGAUAGAAGAACUUGGUUUACACCCAGAAACGGCAGCUUAUAGAGGACUCGAGCUUCUUAAUGUAUUAUCAAAUACAUUUGCUUGUCACUUUUAUCAUCCAGACAUACUGGAUAAACUGUUAGAUUUAUCACAUCAUGAUGAUGAGUACAUUGCUCCUCAAGUUCUCACUAUGUUGACUACAAUUGGCAAAUAUAGUCCACUUGGUGAUUCAUACCCAGAAUUCACAGAAAAGUUAAUACCAAUAUGCAAACAAUUGGCAGUGAGCGGUACUCCGAAACAGGCUAAAGGAGCUAUACGUUGUUUAUAUGUCAAUGUAUUUAAAUCUAAAAAUGAUAUUUUUGAUGAUAUUGUUGAGAAAACUAAAAUUAAUUUAGAACCAGAUUCAAAACAUUAUGAAACAGCAAUAGUAGCUCUUGGGCAUUUAGCUAUCAAUGUGGCUGAAAAAUAUAAUGUCCAUUUCAAGAAUAUGAUUUCUCGAAAGAUUGUUAAGGAAUUAUUAGUUAAAGUGUCUGUAAAAAGUGAACUUUAUAAUGCUGAUGCUAAUUGGUGCUCCGAAGAAAUUUUGCCAAAAGGCACAAAGUGUAGAGCUGAAGGUAUGAAGGCUAUGGCAAGGUGGCUUAUUGGCUUAAAGAAUGAUAAAGUAUCAGCUCAAAAAACGUUUAGAAUGUUUAAUGCUUUUUUGUCACAAAAAGGCGACCUUACACAAUCUGGAAUCUUAUCAAAAUCUGAAUUAGCUUGGUUGCGAUUACAAGCAGGCUGUUCUAUGUUAAAGAUUUGUGAACAAAAAGGUGUAGGAGAUCAAUAUACAGCUGAACAGUUCUUUUUAUUAUCAAGACUUAUGAUGGAUGAAGUUUUAGAAGUGCGAGAAAUUUUUGCUGCAAAACUCCAUAAAGGUCUAGGGAGAGGUUUACCUUUUAAAUGUCUCCCAUUAGAUUUUAUGGGAAUGUACGCUUUGGCUGGACUUGAAGCAGAUGAACGAUUGAGAAGUAAAAUCUAUGACUACGUUUUAAAAGAUAUUAAUAGAAGACGAGAAUAUGCCAGAAAUUUAACUCAAGGAUCUGCCACAUGUUCAAUUGAAAAAGCAAUGGCACAAUUACCUCAUAUUUUACCUGAUUACAUGUUGCUGUUUGCUAUUUCAAUUUUAACACACUCUCCAGUGUAUAAAGAUAAUAGAGAUGAAGAAAGUCUGACAUUAAUGCAACAGUGCCUAUGGUUCAUUCUUGAACCAUUAAUCACCAAAAAUGAUUCUUAUAAUUUUGGAUUUUACAAAGAGAUGUUGGAGCGAGUAAAAAAUUAUGUUGACGCUGUAGAACCAACUAAUGAGACUAUUAAUGCGAAAAUGUGGGCUCUUUGUGAUUUGGCAAUGAGUGUAUUAGUAGUUCAUACUAGUACAUUUGAAACAUCUCCUUUUUCUGAAAUUAGAAUUUCAGCAAUGUUUUUCAAGAGGCACGAUGAUUCCAUGUUUGUGAACGUAAAAGUUUAUUUGCCAGAAAAAUUCCAAAUUAAACAAGUGAACAAUAAUGGGAAAAAAACUGGACUUUCAGCUGCCUUAAGAACCACUAAGACCCGAACUCAGAAACAUAACAUUCAAACCAGUCGAGCUAACGAAUCUAAAGUAAAUAAUGACACUCAAGAUUCUACUAUGUUAGACAUGUCUGUUGAAAGAGAAGAAGAUGAGGAUGUAAUUGAACCUAAACGCAGGAGAACAACUCGUAACAAUAAUUUUAGUUGAAGAACUUGGUGUGUGGACUAAGUUAGUGUUCAAGCUAAACUGUAUAUUUUAAUUGUUAUAUACCUACUAAAAACUGUUAAUACUUAUUUAUUUUGUUAAUAUUUUCGAUUUUAUUUUUUUAAAUUUAAAAUCUCAACAUCAAUUACUAUGUAAGUAAUUUAUUCUUAAGUGACAUUUUGGUAUCAGUCUUGUAUACAAAACAAAAAUAUUACAUGGUUUAUAUAUAUAUAAUUUUUUUCAUCUUGAAAUAUGUCUUAUAUUCUGAUCUGUAUUCCUCUGCUUGUUUAAACACAAACCAGUUUUUUUAAAUAAAAACAGAAAGGGAUACUUAAAGUGUAGUAUUUGAAAUGAAAAAUAUAAAUUGGUAUAAAAAAAAUAAUACCUAAAAUUGAUAUGAUGUUGUGAUGUUACAAAAUAUUACAUUUAUAAAAAUUUGUCUUGCUUACUGAAAUGUAAAUAAGGAAUUUAGAGCACUGUUCAUUAAUAAUUAAAUUGAUUCUAAUCAUAUUUUUGUAAAAGUUUUAAGUUAAAAUGUUAGAUAAAAAUACCUUUUUAUUUUUUAAUUAUUACAUUUAUAAUUAGUUUAGUUUAAGAGUUUAAUACUGAAUAAGCUAUAAGUAAACUUAUGUUUAAAAUAAAUUAUUUUCUUAAAAUAAAAAGUAUUUUUU